UUACGGUAUGUUGAAGGCUGAAUAUCGGGAGUUCAUAAUUCCCGCUAAAUGUGAAACUUUGAAUGAGCUCAUUGACUUGGCCCGAGAUAGGGAGAUUGAAAUAAGAAGACAAGCAGAAAGAGGCGAAAAGAGAGUAUCUGAAAAUGUUUCCAGCUCGAGCCCUUCAAAGAAACCAAAAUUUCAAGAUCAAAGCAAGAAGGAUAAGGCGAAGGGUAGUGUUCCGAAAUGCAAAACGUGUGGAAAGUUACACACGGGGGAGUGUUUGAAAGGGAAGAAGGGCUGUUACAAUUGUGGUCAAGAGGGACACCCAUACUAUAGGUGUCCUAAUCCUUCAAGAACGUGUUACAACUGUUUCCAACCGGGUCAUAUUAAGGCUGAGUGUCCCAAGCUUCAACAGAAAACCGAUAAGGAAGCAAGAAAGGAGGAAGCCCCAAGAGCUAAGGGGAGGAUGUUUCAGAUCACAACCGAGGAAGCGAAGGACCACCCGAAUGUUGUAUCAGGCGUUAAGGAAGAAAGUUCGAGUCAAGGGAAGCAACAAGGGGAUCAAGACCGAGGUAAAUCUCAUGUCUAGCUAUCAAGCUUUGCCCGGAUCGAACACACCUCAAGCCCGUCAAGCGCUCCGCAUUUUGUAUAAAGUCAAUGUCAAAUUACCUAGUUACUUAUGUCUAUGCUUUGUACUUAAAACUAGUUUGGUCAUGGUUGUCUUUUGAAAAGUUGUCGUAAGUGCGUACAUAAACUUAAUGGUUUCGAAACUAAAAAUAGGUCAUCUUUUGUUGUGU